GUGUGUGUGUGUGUGUGUUUGUUUUUGUGAAUUAUGAGGACAUUUGACAAGAAUACACGCAACACUGUGAGGACAUUUUGAAUUAUGAGGACAGGGUCGGUGUCCUCAUAAUUCUGCCAACGUAGAAGUGUUUCUAUGGGUCUAAAAAGCUGAAAACCAAAUUUUCUCCAAAAGUCCUCACAAUACACAUAUACCAGAAUUUGUGUAAAAUCUGUGUAUCGCUCUAGCACCCCUGUAGCCAGGUCCUGGUAUUGCACCCCUGAUGAAUUAUUCACACUUGUGUAAAUUUUAAAGCUUCUGAUUGGCUGCCGGGCGGAAGGUACCCACAAUUACGGAUUGUGACAGAAAAGUUGUGUAUUUACUUCGUCCUGAUUGGCUGACUGGUAGAGGGUCCUCAUAAUGUAGGAUUUUGUCAAUUGUGUGUAUUUAAAUUCUCAACACCGAUGAGGUGACCGCUAAUCAGCCAAUGAGCUGCAGCCCCAAGCUUCCUGGCUUCCUGCUACAGCGUGAACACGUUGCCAUUUAAUUGUCUACUGCACUGGAGACACGAGGCAUCAUCUUUAUUGAAACAAAGCGAGGCAAUGAGGCCGCAGAGGGUGAAAGUAAAACCAAAAGAAGAGGCUGCAUACUUUGCAUCCUUAGGAAAGGACAAGGAUGGAUUUGAUAUCCGUUUUAUAAAUUCAUUCAAAGGUCGAGGAGUAUUCAGCAAGCGGCAUUUUGAGAAAGGAGAGUUCCUCAUCGAAUAUCGAGGACAGGUCAUAUCUAAACAAGAACAUGAAAACAGGCUACAUAUAUACCAUGAUGCCCUCAAGGUGUUCAUGUUUGAAUUUCGGUAUAAUGGAAAGAAUUUGUGUGUUGAUGCUGCUCAAGAGGAUGACUCCCUCGGCCGACUUGUAAACGAUGAUAAUGUGAGCCCAAAUAGCAAAAUGAAGACGAUCACUGUCAAUGGGCAGCCUCAUUUGUGUCUAUUUGCAACAACGGACAUCAAGCCUGGUGAAGAGAUAACAUACAAUUACGGAGACUCUGACUGGCCAUGGAGGUUAAAGUGUCCCACAGUGAAGGAGCCGGUUUGUUCUGGGGAUUUGGUCAGCCAUGGAAAAAUAAUUGCAACUGACAAGGAGAACAUAACUGAGGCAGAUCCACAACAUGCUUCUGUGACCAUGACAUCUAACUCCUUGAUCGAUGACAAACAGGUAUCAGCUGCCACAGAUGGUUACCAUGCAGAAGAGGCCAAGAUGUGUGUUUCCCCGAGUGAAACCAACGAACAGGACAACCAAACUGAGACAGAUCCACAACCUGCUGAUGCAAACAAGACAUCUGACUGCUUGACCGAUGAUAAACAGGGCUGUAAGCAUGACUUGGUCUCCACAGUAGUACCGAGCUUGGAAAAAUGUGCCCUGUGUACUGGACCCUUUUCUGCCUUGAAAUGGAUUGGUGUGAGAUGUAAAGUUUGCUCCUGCUUCUGGCACAAAUCCUGCUAUGUCAAGAGGAUGAAGACUGACUCUGAAUUCCCGCCAUUUGUUACUGAAGGAGCAAGUUCAAGUGAAGAGAUAUCAGAUGAGGAAUAUGUACCUGACUCUUCCAGUGACUCAGAGAAUUCCGGAGAUAUUUCAUUAGGGCCUUCAAAAUCUUUUCAAGAAGUGCCUGAUAUUGAAGUGGUCUGCACUGAGCUUCCCUCUGAAAAUCUGGAAAACACACCUUCCCAAGAACACCUCUUAGAUGAAGUGACAUUACCUGAUGUUAGAGAAGCAGACACUACAUUGCAGCUUGAGAAAACUUGUGAUGACUCCAAGCAAGCCUCAGGAGGGGUUCAGCCUGAAGUUCAGAAAGGCAGUGUUGAAGAUACAUUUCAGACCACUGAAGAAACUGGAGAAGACCACCAUGUACAGUCUUCAGGCAUAUCCUCUUCUGCAAGCAAGAUAAAUUAUUGCUACAUUUGUGGCAAACCACAGUCAAAAAUUACUCGUCACCUGAAAACCCAUGAGAAGACAAAUGUGGAAGUUGCUCGAGUUUUAGCAUUCCCAAAACACUCCAAAGAACGACAAAGACAGCUGAACAUACUACGGAACAAAGGAAAUCAUAAACAUAAUACAGAUGUUUUAACAAGUGGGACUGGAGUGCUGAAAAUGAAACGAAAACCCAAGAAAGUGCAAGACGUUAAACAGUAUGUGCAUUGUACGUAUUGCCAUGCUUUGUAUCUUCGGAGGCAUCUGUGGCGACAUCUUCAAAAAUGUCUCUCAAAACCAGGAGAAACCAAAGGAAGGAACUAGAGUCUUGUCCUUGGC